UACCGGUGGCAGAUCACAAUAGUGACCUUUUCAUCCUGGCCGCCUGUAGUCCCACUUUAGCGUCGUAAAUGUCGUUUUUUUGAAAAUAAUUUUGCUUUUAUUUCCUUUUAAUCAUGAACAGGACGCAGCUGAAGCGGUCCAGCAUUUUAAGGAUGGCUCUGUCGGGCUCAGAAACUCUGGAGCAGGGUGAACAUGAAGAGUCGUUCAUCCUUCGAGCUGUCAAGAUAGCAGCUGUGGUCGCACUCUACUGGUUCAUCUCCAUAACAAUGGUUUUCCUCAAUAACUUCCUGCUGGACAACCGGGAGCUGGACGCUCCGCUGUUUGUCACUUUCUACCAGUGUGUGGUGACCGUGGGGCUGUGUUGGCUCAUGCAGCUCUUUGCUAAAUUCUUCCCCGGACUCAUCAACUUCCCGUCGGUCAGAUUUGACCUGAAGACGUCCCGUGAGGUCCUUCCGCUGUCCGUCGUCUUCAUCGGGAUGAUCACCUUCAACAACUUGUGCUUGAAAUUUCUCGGCGUGGCUUUUUACACGGUCGGCCGAUCCCUCAGCACCGUUUUUAACGUGCUGUUAUCGUUUAUUAUUUUGAAACAGACCACAUCUCUGCAAGCUCUCCUCUGCUGUGGGAUCAUACUGGGUGGAUUCUGGCUCGGUGUGGACCAGGAAGGCCUGACUGGAUCCCUCUCUUGGUCGGGCGUGUUCUUUGGGGUUCUGGCGAGUGCCUUUGUCUCUCUUAAUGCCAUCUACACAAAAAAGGUGAUGCCUGCUGUGGACGGAAGCAUCUGGAAGCUGUCUUUUUACAACAACAUCAACGCAUGUGUGCUCUUCCUUCCUCUCAUCCUUGUGUUCGGGGAGGUGGGCAGAGUAGCCAGCUUUAGCCGCUUGACGGACCUCAGUUUUUGGGGGAUGAUGACGCUUGGAGGAGUGUUUGGUUUCGCCAUUGGCUAUGUCACAGGCCUGCAAAUCAAAUUUACCAGCCCGCUAACCCAUAACGUCUCAGGAACGGCAAAGGCUUGUGCGCAGACCGUUAUAGCAGUGGUAUACAACCAGUCCAGUAAGAGUCUGCUAUGGUGGACCAGUAACAUGAUGGUUCUUGGUGGCUCUUCAGCCUACACAUGGGUCAAAAGUAGAGAGAUGCAAAAAACUGCACCAAGAGGGCCUCAGGACUCUGCUAAGGAAAAAUUGCUACCUGGGGAGAAAGAUAACCCUGAAGUUUAAACCCCAUUGGGUAGUACGUACCUCCUUCCUAAAAUGGCGUAAGAAUGUGAAAUACUUUUACAUUGAAAAAUGAUUGGAAUUUUGAUUUAAAUGACGAAACGGUCUGUUUAAGAGAUUAUUUAUAUUCUGUUGGCUUUUUUCUACUGUUUUUUACUCUGAUUUUUUUUCCCUUUCAUGUUCUAGUAUAUGAGGAAAAGGGGAAGAGAAAAUAACUCUGUUAAAAAGAGAUUUAUAGCAAUAUAGAUUGGGGUCUUUGUUAGCUAAUUAUCUUUAUAUUUUCUAUACUUUUUGGAAUUUCUAAAAAUCAACUGUGGCUUGAAUACUUUCAUGAAGAAAUUGUUAGAUAUUUUGUUAUCUAUUAUUUUAGGUUUUUGUCACUUUUGAACAGCUUUUGGGUGAAAUGAACACACUGCAUACUGGGGGAUUUAGUAGUUUUAUAUAAAGGAACAAGAAAGCUAAAAAAGAGGCCAGCUUCUAGUGGACCAACUGUCUUCAUCUACAAAGUUAACCCCCCAUCAGGCUUUAUGUUUUACAGUUCUAAAUUGAUCAUUAUCUGCUUCGUAUUUUUUGACCAAGGAUAGUUUUGAAUUUUAAUUCAAACAGCCAUUCCUGUUGAGUCUAUUCUUUUUCAUCAACCAAAGCCUGUGAAGAGGAAGGAUAAUUGACACUGCCUUUGGGUAACUGUCUUUAACUGCACUACCUCUUAAGUCGUGGUAUUCAAAAAGGUUGGUUAUACAUCACAGGGCAUUUUUUUCACCUUAAAAGCAAAAACGUGGAGUAAUUUCUAACUUAUUGCACCCUUCUAACUUAUCAAACCAGUGUCAACUAGAACUUUCUUAUAGGAAACUGUACAUUUUCUUUCAGUCAUUGUAUGACUGGUUUUGAAUAUACUCUAUAAAUAAAUGUAGUAUUUUGA